CUACAGCAUGUGACUUUGCAGUGGAGUUUACGGACCUUCACCAUGCUGUGGAAUCUUUAUCUUCUCUUCCCCCUCUCCUUGCCUCUCUCAUUUCAUGUCAUAGCCUCAACCGGAGAAAAUGUCAAGGAAACACAACAGCUAGACACGGACACAGCAGUGCAGCAUCUCACACAGCCCUCACAGAGACCUCAUAGAUCUGAAAUAGCACUGGUGAAUCCCAUAUUUGGACCCGAGAAUGUUGACUUCCUGGGUCUAUCUUUGAGUUGGCCCUUGUCAUCAUCUGAGGAAUCAGAUAGACAAGGUGUGAUUGGCGAAUACACCGAUUUACAGGAGAGCACAGAGACAUCUCUUUUAUAUCCUCAUGAGAAGGGACUUUUCAUAUCCAGACCAACAGAGAGUGCUACAGAAGAUGCUACCUAUGAGGAGAGUACACAACCAAAAAAGUCUUCAUCAGGAGCAGUACCACCUCAACCCAAGCAGGAGCAAACAUUCAAGUAUCAGCCAGCUGAGACCAGCACUGGAUCUGUAUUGCAUUCCACACAGACUGAAAAGAAGCAGCUAACUUUCCCCGCCUUGCAGAAUGAGACGACUGAUAGCCACUUACCUUUUCUUAUGUCUGGCUCACUUCCAUCAGACAGACCAGACCAGGACUCAACUUCACCGCUGUCUGCUGGACCUGAACCCAGCCUUGAGUACACCACUCCACCCGUAGCAACGGGCAUUUGGGGAUGGACCACAGACCCUUCUGUUACCACACAGGGAAAGACACAAGAGGAGACUGUCCCAGUGAAAGUCAAUGUUACAGACCAUGCUUUACACAGAGGAGCUGUCAGCAUGGAGACAGGAAAAGAAGACUUCAGGGACGAUGGCCUGCAUGUCUCAAAGACCAAUGGCACACUUUUGCGUGAUGGUAACAUGGACACAUCUGCCACACCCUGCAAAACAACCAACCAGACCUGGACUCCCGCCUACCCAGAUGAUUUUACUCCCAGCGAGUCCAUGCACCCUGCUCUGCCUCUGAGCCCUGCCCUGUAUGUACCUCUGUAUUCAGACUGGAACUCUGCCCUCGCCACAUGGGGAUUUGCAUGGGAAGCUCACAUUUAUGGCCUGGGUUCUGUCUUCACUGCAUUUGGCCUUAUCUCUGUGGUCUGCCUGUUAGGCCUUCCCCUGCGGUGUCCCCCAGGAAGCCCCUACUUUACUCUCCUGCACUUGUUCCUCCUAGCAUUUGCAGGGAUCCAAGCUUUCAGUUUGCUCUAUGAUGCUUACAGUCACCAAGAUCGUCUUCCCCCUGUGGGCUCUCUUCUGCUCUCUGAGUUGCCCUUCCCCUGUUUGAUCUCAGCCUUCUCCCUGGCCUUCCUCCUUCUUUCAUUGCGCUCACGCAUGCGUCUUUCACUCCCACUUGCUAUUUCCACUUCAUUUUCAGCCUUGCCCAAACCUCGCCUGUUACUGUGUGUGUCCCUGCUGCAUUUUGGAGUUGCUCUAGGAUGUGUUGGCUUGCUCCAGCUCUUCCAAAACCUCCCCACCAUGAUCCUGCUGUUCCCUCAGGGUCUGUUUGUGUGUCUCACCGUCUUUCUCUCAUGCUCCUACCUCAUCUUCUACUGCUUAAUACGAGUCGACACUAAGCACAUCUACAGGCUGAAUGACAAUGGAGAGAGUGGAGGAUCCCCUGAAGUGAUGCCACCCGCAAAGUGUCCUUUUGCCAAAGUGGAGGACUGGCAUAGAGCAGCAGGAGCUGGAGUAGGAGCUUCGUUGUGUUUGUUGGGGUGUGGCGGCCUACAGCUUUAUGGGAUCCUGCACGCUCUUGGUUUAGGUGGGGUUGAUGGCUAUGGGUUCCAGCCCUGGUCUUGGUGGGGAUACCAGGUGGGCUGCAGACUCUGUGAGGUUGGGGUGUGUCUAGGUUUGUCCCUUAUUGGCACACACCCUCUGUUCUGUCACAACAACUCUUCAAUCAAGACCAUAACUCACCCUCGGCCAGGAUCUUGGUCCCGCCUCUCCUGCAGCUCCCCUUCACGAGGGCUUACCCUGCCCUCUCACGAAGGUGCAAAUUCUCCCGUCCUCUCCUCACAUGAUUCGUGGUCUCAAGGUAAGCAGGAAAAGCUGGUGGUCUGUGAUGUCAUCACUAAGGGACAGUCAGAGGCUCUUCCUCUUUGCUCAAUGGUGGAUCCUCCUGGAAAUGGGCUAGAUUGUUUCCCAAAAUCCAGCCAAACACGGACUACUCUACUACCUCUACCUACACCCCCAAGCCCACCUCACAAGCCUAAAAAUGCAGCUGAGUCUCAGCUAUCAUCACUGGAUAGCUUAGGUCUGGAGACUGACUCUACUGUGGACCUGCGCCCCCCAUCUCCCAUAGACUUGUCCCGCAGCAUUGACCAAGCUCUGUUCAGUGAGGCCCUAUUCUCUCACAGUAUCUUUGGUUUGCCAAGGCUGUUCCAUGCUUCUUCAAGCCAUUCACUGAGCUCUCCUAACCAAGGUACAGCAAAGCAAGGGCCCAGUUCUGUGGAAAAUGCCUUAUACCGAACCUCUUCCUGUGGAGACGUGGAUCAAGAGAAAACCCUGCCCAGUUCAGGCUCUUGCCAGCCACAUGGCUCUUUGAUAUCUCACAGCAAGACACCAGAGCAAUGGGAUUGGAAAGGCAGUGUCUCUGGCUCGACCCAGGGUCUGUGCAGCAAUCCCAAGGAGACAGGAAAGCUGCGCUCACAUUCUUGGGCCAACAGAGGGCAAAACUUUGCUCAGCACAGCCUUCCACGAGCAAUUCCUCACCUGUCUUACCACAGGCGUUACCGAACCCUGAGCUUAGCCUCUCGCGACAGCCAGGGUUCUGGCCGACUGGCAGGGACUAAACAACUGAGUGAGAGCAAACAGCUGGAAUGGGAUCUGGCUGUACAGGCAGAGUUUGUCAAUGUGUGCAGACAAAUUGAUGCUCUGAGUGUUUGCAGUGACACCAUUGAAUUGUAGGAAGUUUUAAAAGUCCAGCUGUGAUUGGAAUGCACAUAACAUUGUACAGAAAUAGCAGACUCUGGUUGUCUGCUUUAGAUUGUACAACAUAAAAGUUAUA